AUAUUUUUGCCACCAAAUUUGAAUAAAGACCUGUUUCUGCUUAACAUGGAAGGGAAGGGAGUGGAGAACCAGCAGAAGGAGCAGACUAAGGUAAGAGAUCAAACCCGGUAUCGAGGGAUUCGGAGGCGACCGUGGGGCAAGUUUGCUGCUGAAAUACGUGACCCUUCAAGAAAUGGGGCACGCCUAUGGCUAGGCACAUUUGAGACAGCUGAAGAGGCAGCUAGGGCUUAUGAUCGAGCUGCUUUCGGCUUCCGGGGUCAUUUGGCCAUCCUCAACUUCCCUAAUGACUACCAGUAUCAUAACCCAUCAAGCUCUUUGAUCAGCACUUCAUCCUCUUCAUCAUCAUCUCCAUUUUCUGCUGCUGAUAUUGGAAAGAGUACUAAUUUUGGCAGAGGCCAAGAAGAAGAAGAAGUUAUAGAGUUUGAGUACCUGGACAACAUGGUUUUGGAGGAGCUUCUUGACACAAAAGAGGAUCAUCAUAGACAGGGGAAACCAACCCAUUAGAGAAAUUGACUGGUUUUGCUUGAACUUAAGGCAAAGUUGAAGUUGGUUUAGCUCUGUUUGUUUGUUUCUUUGUGAAAUUCAUUGUAGCCAAUUGUUACUCUUGACUUAUUUAUCUCCACCAAUCUUUUUUAUCUCAGUAAAAACAAAACUUGUGAAGGUAAAAGAAGCAGGGAAAUUUUACCUGAUAAUGAUAUUAUUAUGUGGAAACAAA